AUGCCGGAAGUCGUGACUUUGGCGAACAAGACUUUUUUCCGCAAUAGAGCUUCGCCGAAAUUUAGCGCUGCACUCCUGAACAUAGACUUGCAACAGAAAGCUCUUCCACUGGUUCUGGAUCUCCUCAAUGGAAUUUGUAACGACUUCACCAGCAUAUUGCUUCGGGAUAAAAAUACAUCCACCACUUGUAAUCCGAAUCAUACAUCCGAGCAUUCCACACCCGUGCCGACAGUGUCGUCGGUCCUUCACCUAGUGGUUGGACGUCUCAACCUAUUGGUUCUCUUAUCCAAACGUGCCCUACUUACUUUGGAGCCAUACAGCGAUUUGCGGUGUGCCUUCCUCCGUGCAGUGUUUUAUGUUUUACGCCUAACUAUAUGGUGUCACAACCGUUCUGUACGCUGUGCAGCUCUACGUUGUCUUCGAUACUACUUACAUACAUGUGUAGAUGUCCGUCUUUUUUUGGACUGUCGACUGGAUCUGCUCGUGGCUCGGCUUGGGCAACCUGGCAGUAUCUCAGCUCUGGUGCUUCCUUCGGAUGGCAUGGCAGCUAGGCACCAGAAGGGUGCUACAGCUGGACGCCUAACUAUCCAGUAUUAUACUUUUCUUUUAUUUAUGAUCUGUUUGGAUCUGUCGUACAUGCAAGAGCCGGCUGUGUCAUCAUCUCAACCAACAGCACUCUCUACUUGUCCUUCCGACCAUCGUGAUGCAGUACCUUAUCACAACCAACCUACCACCUCUCCUUUUCCCGUGACUUCCACUCAUGUGAACCCAGAGUGCCAUAGCCAACAACCAGUUGCAUUACCGACUACCACGGUGGGGCUGCCAAACUGGUUAUCAGAUCAGCUAGUUAGACGCGCUCGGAGAACCAUUAAUCCGAGACUACGUACCACUCAAGCACCGCCCUCUUUAGGACAACCGGAAGCCAAUCUUUUCACUUCACGAGCCAAGUCACCAGCAUCCCCCUUGGUAUCUCCACUUAACGAGCGUCAGCUGUUCCUCCGUCUGUCGUAUCACCUUGUUCGGCUGGCACCUUCCCUCUUUCCCGCAAGUUUGAUCCAAGCCCUUUCCGCUCCCUGCCUCCGUGCAGGACGAUUUCUCUCAGGAGGAUGGAGCACAGGCCAGAAGAAGAAAAGAGAACCGAUACAUCUGGCUCAUCGUUUUAGACAACGUGGUGCGGUGAAUGGACGUGCACUGGUCGAAACUGAUGCUCCGGAGGAACUACAAUCUAUCACAAAUGAUAUCGCGCUUCGGAGUUGCCUGUUGAUCAUCGCUGAACUGAUACUUUUAGCCCCUAAACACAUCAAAACCCUUUCAACGGGCACACAUCUUCACUCCAAACCUUCGAUCGACCGGCCAGAUUCUCUGAAUGCCUUGUUGGUUCAAGUUUUAUUGACAGCGUUCGCCUGUUCACCUGACCUAAACACAGUCCACCCCGCGCGUGUUCAAGGAGCUGUUCUCCUGUCUCUAUCAAGUUUGAUGAAUUCCACCAGGACCCUACACUUGUUACCCGUUCGGCGAGUUGCAAAAUUCCUGGUUCCAUUCACUCGCAUACUGGAGCGGCUUUUGUACUUCCUGAACGAAGGUCUUCCUUGCCUUCAAGCCCUCAUGUAUAGCUUGGCCGUUGGCACCACAGAAAUGCGGGAUCAGAUACUCGAGGUGCUGUUUGGCCUCUUCCCUACUCUGCCUCUUCCACAUCCGUCUGUUAAAUACAUGGAGCCGGCGAUUUUAGCUCUCACCGAGGCCUUGGCGAGCUGUGCUCCAUUCACCCUUCCCAUGCAGGCUCCUAUGGAUGACCUCUGCUCUGUCCUACAGCACCACAGUAUUGCUCCGACACAGUCGAAUCUGCGGCAGCCUUCUACUGUAUGCCCACCAACUCCCCACUACCAAAGGCAGUCUCCUCAAACUGCAUGCGAUCUCGAGGGGGGCUUUGUUGCGGCCGAAGGAUGUCGCAUUUUUUCCAAGUUCGAAGUGCCCAAUUGUACUUCAGUUGAUCUGACGGACAGCUAUACCGCAUUGUUGCUCGCUACGCUUGUGCAAGCUGGUUUAUAUGAAGGUCUAAUUCGUGCUAUCUCCGACUCAAAUGAGUCAACGUCCGUUCGCGCCGGUCUGUUGUUCGGUUUACUAUCUUACAAAGCAGGUGCCUUAUUUCCUCGAGAACAUCCCGUUGCUCGCCGUUUGCAUGCAGUUGGCUUGCUUCAGCCUCGAGUGGAAGGUAGCCAGUUGGCUGUUUCAUCUGAAUCCUGGAUUGAUCAAAUUAUUUCCCAGUCCGGUGUCGUGCCAGUACUUUCGAUCAAACCAACAUCAUCCUCUUCCAGCAGGUCGAUCCCUUUAGUUCAACCACCGGAAAUGCUCAAAGAUCCAGAUCAGUGGGAUUGGGAGCUUCUGACUUCAUUUGGACGAUAUUUGUAUGAUAUGAAUUCUACUAUAGCCUGGGACGACAGAUUGCGCCAGUCUUUCCUUCGUCGCUUGAUGGACUUCAUUACACCCGGCCCCGACCCGUCAGUGGGCAUUCCUGGAGCACUACGGGACGCGCACAAUUGUCGUUCGGCUUCUAUUUCUAACACACCCUUCCCUCGCAACCUGGAAGAACUUCCUCCUCUCCGAUUAGUUGCUAAAGGCCACAAAGAUUCAGACAGCUCCAUACGAAGUCCCAAGUCCAUCAGUACCAUGACUAAUGUGUUUCUUGCCUCUCGGCAACGACAUGAUUCACCGUCGGUAUCCACCGAGUCUACAAUGAAUUUUGCCUGGCUUCCUAACACCUGGACACACGCGUCCGCCGCUGCGAUCCUUGCCGCUGGGCUCGUGCCUCAUUUGGCUCUGUACCCAUCGGGCGGCUUCUCACUAGGUUUUUGCGGUUUUUUGGUGAUGCACUCAGACUUUUAUGCGAUCGGGUACANCCUUUCUUCCGAUCUUGGGGCGGGGGAAUCUGAAUCAAAUGACGUUUCUCAUGAAGUAUGCAAAUUGUUCCAUCCAGCUCAGCUGCGUGACCGUUGUUCAGGCUUUUUAAUUCUCAGUAUCGGCCGACUUACUUGUUCCGAUGAGGGUGAGUCGCGUCUGGAAACCACUGGUCUGUGUUCCGUUUUCCACUCGUUGCUGUUGUCGCGGCGACCGCAGUGCUUACCAUCUGGUCUACACAUGAGUUCCACUCCAUCUAUUGUUGCCGAUCCUGAAUCCGUUUUUGAGGAAGACCGCCACACUAAUUUGAUGAAGCUACUGAUUUCCUGCUUGGACUUCACCUGUCCUAGUCAUCUUGGUCAACACCUGUUAACGGCUGCGGUAAAUGGUGGAAGCAAGCGCUUGCGUCUCUACUCCGUACAACUGAUUCGUUUGUUAUUUCGUUUGAGGCUUCCCUUUCUGGCUACGUGGUGCCUUGACCUGACAGUUAAGCUGUGUCUUGAUGUCUCACGGCAUAUUUCCCGUCGGGCCUUUUAUUUGUUGGAAUCGUAUUUAGAUGCCCACCAACUACUAUCAUUACGCUCACGUGCUUUUCUUCUUUUUUUCCGUUUAGGAACUGUGCAUGGAGCGGUUAACAUCCAGGCGGUAACUCGUCAUGUUCUUUCCCUCACAACCGACGCAUGUCAAAAUUCCAAUUCAGUCACGCAAAUCACACCAUUCGGGUAUCGUCUCCUUAGUCCCAACACUGGUCCUGUUGGUCAUCGAAUUUUCGGCCAUGUACUGUCACGACACACUUCGUUCAACUUUCUUUAUCCCGAUCCACCAAAUCUCGUGACCACCCGCAUGUCGCCUGAUUUGGGUAUGAUGGCAACGCCUCCAAAUUCAGUCGGCGACUGGCCACCGGGAAGGGACUCUUUCAGUCAGUCGGUUACAUCCAAAGGAAGUCCCAAAACACAGGAUCCCGUUGACUGGUUAUUGGAUGUGGCUCUCUCUCAUUUCAACUCGGCGUACGCGUUGGAAGUAGACAACCGUCUCAGUGCUGCAUUUAUUCGUCAUUUGAUACACUUUGAUCCAGUGAAGAACAGCCCCUCAAUGCACGAUUCACUGGUCAGUGAAUUCACUCGGUUCGCCCAAGUGCAAGCAAUAAAGUGUGGGAGAAAUGAUGAUGAGCAUGAUCCUGACUCUGAAACAGAUGAUCUCUACAAUAGGCCGAGUAACCUGGAUCCACUUUUUGGAGGAUAUUCUGAUUCCGAUACGCCAUUUUGGUCAAACCCAUUUUCGGUCAUUCCCAACUGUACCACGCCGGACAGCAUGCAGUGGUUACCAUUACCCAAGCACAUUUAUGCCUCGAUCUCGGAGCAUUCACGUGGUUUAGAUCUGCUCCUACGACGAGGCGACUUGCAAGCAGCUUUGAUGACCCUUAAAUUGGCCAGUGGUCCGCUGUGUAAUGGAACGUCAACGUCCCAUGUACAGAGUUCACCGAAGGACGAUCGGCCACGCAUUCCCUCCGUGCUAGAGACAAAGGCAGCUUUGUGGGCAUUGGCGCACGUGGGCUCGACUGCAUGUGGUCAGGCUUGGUUAGCAAAACAAACUGAGUUAAUGGAGUUGUUCAAACACUUCUCUACUUCGGCUGAUUCUAUGGGACUGCGGAUAACUGCCUGGCUGUGUUUAAAUUUGCUUAUUUCGAAAGCUGGUGGCGAUAAGCUGCUCUUUCUUCAAUCGUCGGGAUCCAACAAAAUGCAAUCAGUUUGGACCGCCACCAACACAAAUGGUGUGGAGAAGUCGGAGACCUUUACAUCCACUGAUAAGCUAGUGCCAGUGACUUUCCAGAACAAUCCAAACGGCACACCGUUCUCCGUUUUUUCUAGUGUGGAUGCGGUCCCGAUGAACUCUUCUUCCCCAAUCGAGCCGUUGGACGAGUCUACCCAAGCUCCGAUCACAGAAAAGCGGGAGGUCAGUGAAUUGAGUGCGUGGAAGGUACUAGGUCGGCACAGCUCGUCCUUAUCUCGCACUCCGCGCUGGUUACCGCGCAAGACUCCCCUCCGGCAAAAGAAAGCUUCUCCCUCCAGAAACGAGCCGUUUAUCAGCCGCAGCCACAUGAUGUCUGAUACGAACCCAUCACUGUCAAUGCUUCCUCGGAACACGCGUCCAGUUGAUGAUAGAUUUGAUGUGGACUUGACGUCCACUGCACCCAACACCAAUUCUACCAGCGAGCCCAAAUACCAGAGCGCCAACAACUCACCCCUUCGCGACACUACAUCAACCAAUUAUUGUUCAGCAACGUGGACACACCGGGACUUCUUGGCCCACCGACGGUCGAUCUCCCACCUGAUGCUUGGAGAUGCGAAACGAAGUGGUGAUUUAGUCGAAACAGUAAUGAAAACAGUAUACUUUCAAGGUUUCGAUCGACUUAUAUCAAAGGGCGUAUGCUUCCCCAUGGAAUUGAGAGUCCUCGGCCAUAAAUUACCGAGCCCUCCAAAGCAAACCUCGACUGCGUGCCAUUCAUCCGGUUUUGGAGCGAAAACAUUUAACUCGGUUGAAGAUCCAGCUAACCUACCUCCGUCACAGUGUUGGCUGGCAUCAGCAGCUGAACGAGUGCGGUCGCUUUUCCCAUUUGUCCACGUUUCCACUGAUGUUAACACUGUGCUUAAGCGGUAUGCUCACUCUGCUGGUGACCUCUCGACCUCUUCCGUAUCAUCCUCUCCUGCACUAAACUAUGAAGGCAUCUCAUCACCACGCUUUUUGUCACCCCAAUGCCAGAAACUGUCAUCUCCGGGACCUCUCGAGACUCAAGCUAUACCUCUUGGUUCAGUCGGCCCGGACCCCAUCAGCAAGUCCUCUUCAUUACACUCGUGCAAUGAUCGUCCCCCACAGAAAAGACUUGAAUCAUACUCAACCAACAAGUGUAUUUCUCGUACCUGUCCGGGACACUCUUACGGUCCAGAAAGAUAUCUCUGCAAUGACGCAACGCCUUCCAACUCGAGCACCAUUAAUACGCAUCGGUGGAACUGGUGUCGGCAGCUGUUUGAAAUUGUUAACACCUCGUUGACCAACGUGACUCCAAACAUGAGUGACCAGAAGUUACUCCAGCUGAUUAAAUCGGCCGCUCGACAACAGCGAGAGAGUAGGACAACUGGCCCUGACCGAUCAGAAGCAGUUUUUGACGCUUGUGUGUUCACCGAUGUGGCUCUGCUAUUGGCCACUUAUACCUUCCCUUUGAGAGCUCGUGUCAAGAUUCAAUCCUCAUUUCUUAGUCUUGAGCUGUACGAGCUACUAACAGAUGCUAAGGACGUUUUAUUAGAACUGGAGCGGACUGUGAACCGACAUCCAGGGUUGUCGUCUACCGGUGAAAAAGAAACAUAA